AUGGGCUGGUGGUGGUCAUCGAGUCCUGAAAAGGACAGCAAAAAUGAAACAGCAUCUACACACACAAGCGCUCCCGAAGAGCUGGUUCCGAAUGCGCCUCCGCCGAAGCAAUUGACUCCGGAUCAACAAGCGGAGUUGGAAUUCAGUCAGAUCCUGGCCAGUCUGCGCGAGGAAGAGGAUACUUUUGCCAAGAACCUCCAGCAAAUGCAAUCAGAAUCCAAUGGCACCGAUGCGAAGUUUUCGCCCGACCAACCCACCUCAGCGAUCGCCCCCGAUUCCCUCUACCAAGACACCAUGUCCUGCCGUCAAGCCUUCGACUACGCCUUUUUCUGCCAGUCCUUUGGAGGGCAAUUCGUGAAUGUUUAUCGAUAUGGAGAGAUGCGCUCCUGCAGUGAGCAUUGGGAUAAUUUCUGGUUGUGCAUGAAGACCAGGGGGUGGUCUGAUGAGCUGCGGAAGAAGACGAUUCGAGACCACAAUCGCAAGAAGGCCAUAAAAUACAAGACUGGUCCAAGCAGUGAAGAUGUCUGGGAUGUCCGACUCGACCCAGCCCGGAAUGCCUUCCAGGGAGAUUUUGCUGCACUGGAGAAGGAGAUGAAGGCAGAGGAGGAGGCCCAGCAAAAGGCUAAUGCAUGA